AUGGCCACCAAGGACUCCCAAAAAGACUCACUCGACAUUAACACUCUUUCUUUUAUACUGCCACCGUUUGCACCGAGCAAUCCUCGCGUUUGGUUCAGGCAGAUCGAGGCUCUUUUUGCGACAAGCCGCAUUACUAGCGAACGUACCCGCUAUUCGUACGUUUUGCAGUCCCUCCCAUUUGAUGUAGCUGUCACCGUCGAAGACAUCCUUGACCCCAUUCCAGCCGACGAACCGUAUACGCGGCUGAAGGAAGCGGUAAUCCAACAGGUGGGUAAAUCGGCCAACCUUAUGCUGCGGGAACUUUUCGCGCAAGUAGAGCUAGGUGAUCAGACACCUUCCCAGCUCAUGCGUCACAUGCGCUCACUUCUCUCUGGUAGGCACAUGGACGACGCCAUUUUUCGCGAGAUUUGGUUAGAAAAGUUACCGGUGCCAAUGCAACAGGUUUUGUCUAUUUUGGACUCGGAUACACCCUUAGAGGAGCUAGCUACCUACGCUGACAGAAUCAACGAGUGUUACCCCAUUGGUGCCUAG